AUGUCACAUAAAAUAAGAGUCAAAUGCUCGCAUGAUUGCCUCAUUUUUUUGUGAACUUAAGGGUAAUUAAACUUUAAUGAUUAAUCUUUGUAAACUUGCUAUCUAAAACAGGAUCUCGUUGUUUAAGUACUCUAACCAAAUACACAUAUGCGUUGUAACACGGUUUUUUUUCGGAACAGGAAACAUUUAAUUAUCGUAUUGAAAAUGUACAGGAAAUAUAGAUAGAAAAUGUUUAUAGAUAUGUCUAUCGAAAUUGUAAAUGUAUUUUGGCUAUUGUCUUAUUUACACCCAAGUGUUUCUGAUGUAGUAUGCGGAGGAUUAAAUGGACGUAAAUGCUGUAGUGGUUUUACUGGAUAUGUUUGGAACGAGACGGUUCACAACUGCACCAGGUGUACGUCGGGGUCUCACGGAGAAAAUUGUGCUUCACCUUGCCCUUUUCCGCAUUAUGGCUAUCGAUGUGGCUUACAGUGCAACUGCAAUGAAGAUGAAUGUCAUCAUCAAUAUGGUUGUAAGAGAAGUUAUGGAGACUGUGAUCCGGGAGUCCAUGGUCCAUAUUGUGAAUCAACAUGUCCAUACCCGGGAUUUGGAAAGGAGUGUCAAAUGACAUGUGUUUGUGACGAGCAUGACUGUAACCCAACUACAGGGUGUCUAUUAGAAGGAAAUGGAACUACAUGGGAUGAAAAGACGGAUUCGUCAUCAUCUGCGGCAGGUCCGUUAGCGACAACAACUAUUGUGUAUCCAUCGGAUACAGUAAAUGAAAAUUUUAGUAAGGCAUCGUAUUGAAUAGUUUGAAUUCCAGAUUCUUAAAAUCCACAAAAAUCAUGAUCCCUUUAAUAAGCAAGCGUGAUUUAUGUUGGCAUGAUUUCUUAUUAUUCUUUUAUCUAAAUUUACAAAUGAGCAUACUAAUUCUGCUAAAAGUUAUGCCGAUUUAAAUGGUUUAUGUAAUAUUUGACACUGUGUCAAACAUAAAUGUAAAUAGUUCCCCCCGUUUAGAUGAACUAGAUGCAGAUAGUAAAUCUUGUGUUGGAAAGGGGAAUUUCUCCACUAUCAAGGGAUAUGCAGAAACUUUGAGAUAUGCCAUUAUUGGACUUGGAUUGGUGUGCUGCGUAUUCCUCAUCUUCUACAUAGGACUGCACAUUGAUUUCAACAGACAUAUACCGGAAGUAAAGGAUAUACAAGACCACGAAAGACAAAUAAAUGUCUAAAUUGGAAGAGAGGCAUUCUUUAGGAAGUUAUGGACGGAGCUUCAAAUGCGGAAACUGUGUUCAUUGACAUAUAUUCACGAUAUCUGAUGUAUUUGCGGGAUAUUUCGUAAAACGGAAAUGCUUAAAGUACACGCUACAUGAACUUUACACAUGUUUUCCGAAUCAAAACUUACAUUUGAAGUGAAAAAUAUAUAAAUAUAUAUUUUCGCAUAUC